GAUUAGAAAAUACGUUUGCUUACUUGAAUUUUAGGCGAGAAAAAAGUUUGUUCAAUCUUUGCAUUAUGGCGCUUAUUCCAAUCUUUUUCCGAGACUGGUGGGAUGAUUGCCUUGACAGUCCGCUACGAACAUCUCAUAUCCUGGAUCAGCAUUUUGGUAGUGGAAUAACGGCAGACGAUUUACUGACUGCAUUUACUGCUGCGCGCGUUCCAAAUUGUUCCCGAAUCGGUUACAUGCGUCCAUGGCGCAAUUCGAAUUUGGCUUCGCGUAACGAUGCGGGCUCUAUAGUUAAGGUAGCUGAAGACAGGUUUCAAAUAAAUCUAGACGUACAACAGUUUACGCCGGAUGAAAUCAUUGUGAAGGCAACCGACAAAUGCAUCACCAUCGAGGGUAAGCACGAGGAAAAACAGGAUGAACAUGGUUUCAUCGAAAGGCACUUUGUUAGACGCUACAUGCUACCAGCUGAUCAUGAUCAUAACAAUAUCGUAUCUUCGUUGUCAUCGGAUGGAAUUUUGACGAUUACGGCACCUAAGAAGGCUCUUCCUCCGCCAGCAGAAGAAAAGGCUAUUCCCGUUGUACAGACUGGAAAGCCACUGAAAAAUAUUUCGGAAGAAAAUUCGACGGAAAAAGAAAAGACAGUAGAGAAUGGAAAAUAAAUGUAGACUUGUAAU